GGACCAUACUACUGCAGUGUUGGAGCUGACAAUUGGAAGGGAGGGACACUGUUGAUUCUCACUACAAGGAAUGUUUGCAUGCCUAUUAACACCAGUGCUGAUCAAUGGAGAAGUCAUGCCUGGUCAGGUGUAGACUUACCAUGGAUGAUUCCGAUCGGUAUAGAUUGGGACAGAGGGGAAGGAGUGGAGUUAAUAGCCUCUAUUAUGGACUAA